AUGGCGUCCGUCACUCACGAUACCGCCGCGGCCGUCAAGCUGGCCGACGAGCUCGUUGCCGAAGCAAAGCGCAAAGCAUCGUACGCUGCAAUCGACGAGCAUGUCAAUGCUAGCACUCGGGUUAUUGGCAUAGGAUCUGGCAGCACCGUCGUCUUCUGCGUCGACCGGCUCCGGGAACGUUAUACCUCCGAGUCCCUCCCUCUUCUCGCCUGCAUCCCCACCUCCUUCCAAUCAAGGCAACUGAUCAUUGAAGCCGGUCUCCCGCUGUCGGAACUCAACCAGUUCCCAGAGAUUGACGUCGCGUUUGAUGGCGCGGAUGAGGUGGAUGCGGCGUUGAACUGCAUAAAGGGCGGUGGCGCGUGCCAGCUGCAGGAGAAGUUGGUAGCUAAUGCUGCCAGGAAGUUUGUGGUGGUGGCGGAUUACAGGAAGGAUUCGAGGGUGUUGGGGACGCAGUGGAAGUUGGGAGUCCCCCUCGAAGUGAUCCCAAUGGCCUACGUGCCAAUCCUCGCCAAGCUCAAAUCCCUCGGCGGAAAGCCAACGCUCCGUAUGGCGAUGCGGAAAGCCGGGCCGGUGGUCACCGACAAUGGGAACUUUGUGAUUGACGCGGAAUUCGGAGAAAUCACGGAUCCAGUUAAGCUGGAGCGGGAGCUGAUCACGAUACCGGGGAUUGUGGAGACGGGGCUGUUCUGUGGGAUGGCAAAAUGGGCGUAUUUCGGGGGUCAGGAUGGGAAAGUGAUCACGCGCAAAGUUUGA